UCCUUCUCCUCUAAGAAGAAUCCUCGCGUUCUCACUCAUUCUGAAAAUAUACGGUAGCGAUUCUUUGUUUCGAAUUUUCGCCUAGCCUCGCAUUUUGAAAAUCCUCCCUCUCUCUCUCUAGAAACCAUAGUUUUCUCGUAAUUCUAGUUGUGUUUGUCGAUUCAUAAUUUGUCGAUCACUCGAAGAAAAUCGAAUUUCGUGAAUAAUUGCGGGUUAUUGAUAUUUGGUAUUCGUUCCGCAAAUAUAUAGAAAUUGGGUUCUAAAUCGAUUUAGUCUGAAAUUUUUGUGUCUUUUGUGCGUUGUUCUGUGUUUUCUCUUGUUUAUUCUUUUGGAUUGUUAAGUAUCUCGGAUUCCGGGAAUACGAAUCGCAUCGAAAAAUUAUUCAAUUUUCUUGCCUAUUAGAAAAAAUAGAAAAUGGUUGGAGGUGGGAAUCGGAGGGACGAGGGAUCGUUUAAGAUGACUAAUAACAAUGUUUUUGCGGCGCUUGAUAAUUUUAGGAAGAAGAAGAAGUCAGAUAAGGAUAAGGGCUUGAGGAAAAGCAGUAAGAGCGGUUUGAAAUCUGAGGCUGGGAAAUCGAAAGAACCUGAGGAGAAGCCUCAGGUUUACUGGGCUCCUGCGCCUUUGACAGUGAAGUCAUGGGCUGAUGUGGAUGAUGAAGAUGAUGAUGAUUACUUUGCCACCACUGCCCCACCUCAGUCUGUAUGGGGAGGUUCGGGUUUGAAUCAAACUGAAAAAACUAUGCAACCAGAUCACGUUGAGGAAAGUGAAAGUGAAGAUGAUCUUGAUGAAGCUGAUGAUGUGGAGGAGGAGGAGGAGGAGGAACGCGGGCAUGAAUUGCAAGUGCAGGAAAAGCCCGAGCUAGAACCGAUAGAACCUCCAGAAGCUUCACCUGCACCUAAAGAGACAGAAAGGCAACUAUCUAAGAAGGAGAGAAAGAAAAAAGAGAUGGCCGAACUGGAGGCUAUUUUGGCUAAUUUUGGUGUUACCCCAAACGAGAAGGUCAUUGAUCAAUCAUCUGAUGCUACAAAAGAAAAGAAAGAGGGAGAGUUGAAUGGUGAAACAAAGAAAGAUAGUGUCCCUGCAGAAUCCAAAGGUGCAAAGAAGAAGAAAAAGAAGGAUAAAGCUUCGAAAGGGGUGAAGGAACCGCAGGAGCAACCAGGCAGCUCAAAUGUUCCUAAUGGACAAGAGGAAAGUGCUGGAACUGAACAGGUGGAAGAUGAUGCAUCAGCUGUUGACAUGAAAGAGCGGCUAAAGAAAGCGGCAUCUGCAAAGAAGAAGAAAUCUAGUAAAGAAAUGGCUGCUGCUGCAAGAGCUGCUUCCGUGGAGGCUGCUGCAAGGAGUGCGAAACUUGCUGCUGCUAAGAAGAAAGAGAAGAAUCAUUACAACCAACAGCCUGCACGUUAAGGGCAGUUUUUUGAAAUAAUUGCAGAUGGAGCUGGGUAUCUCAUCGUUUAUUUGCUCAUGCAAAAUAAUCUUCGUACUCCAGCCUCUUGUUUCAUGAUAAAUGGACAUGCUAAUACAGUUUUGCUUAUUGAGUUCUUUUUUAAUUUCAUAAUUUUAACUCCAGAUAUGAGUUUGUGUCGUAAUUGUACUUUUUACAAUGUAACAAUCGAUUUUGUCGAAUUUUGUUAUGAUGGAUUAAGUUGCCUGCUGGGACGUCAUGCUUUAUCA